UUUGGUGAUAUCGGAAGACAUUGUUACACAUGAUUCUUUUCGUCGGUUGCGUUUCAUUAAUUCGCUUAUUUAUUUUAUAUUAUUUAUUUAUUUCUUUCUCUUUUACGAUGACCACGAGAAAACGAUUAUGAGCGUGAGAGAUAAAUCGAUGUUACUCGAACGUUAGAAAAGAAGAAGAAGAAGAAGAAGAAAAAGAAGAAGAAGAAGAAGAAAAGUGUGGACCGGACGAUGACCGUUAUCUUCAUAAUAAUAAUAAUAACAACAAUAACGGAAAGACGUCUACGGGAGCUAUGGGGCCCAAUGGUGGUGAAGGAAUCAGUGCUGCCGUCGCUAAAGUUCUUCAAGGAUAUGAUUGGACAUUAGUACCGGUUGCUACUAAGGGCUCUGGCGACAAAAGGGCGGCACACGUGAAGAGACCAAUGAACGCUUUCAUGGUAUGGGCACAAGCUGCCAGGCGGAGACUGGCUGAUCAACAUCCACAACUUCAUAACGCCGAACUCUCGAAAACUUUGGGAAAAUUGUGGCGACGACUUUCCGAUAACGAUAAAAAACCAUUUAUCGAAGAAGCCGAUCGUCUUCGAGUUAUACACAAACGUGAACAUCCGGAUUACAAAUAUCAGCCUAGACGGCGAAAACCAAAUGGACCGUCGGGUCGUGAUAGUUCACCAUCGAGAAGCCAAAGUAAUUUGAUUUUUAGCGUGUCGAAGUCCUUGAAACAAGAGGAUAUGAGUCCUAGAGGAGUACAAGGACCAAAUUCACCUCAGAGCGGUGCUAAUUCUUCGCCAUCUACGACACCUAAUCAAGGAUUGUCAUUACCAACACCACCUACAACACCUAGAGGUCAACAUUACGUCAAUCAGGGUAAUCAACAUCAACAAAACAAUACGUUUUAUCAUCAAGAAUUGGUAAACAGUACGACGUCGGUCGAAUCCCCACAACCAUCUGGGGUUGAUUUUCGAUAUAUCGAAGUUGGGGAUGGUUUACCGGUCGAAGAGAGUCAAUUGAACGGCCUUGGAACAUUUGGAUUGAAUCUUCCAUUAAAUUUACAAGAGUGCGAAGUCGAGAGCAACGAAUUGGACCAAUAUCUACCACCGCAGGUUGCACCUGUGCAAUAUCCACCUGUAUCAACUACUACCACGAAUCAAUGGAUAUUGAACAGAUACGAGGAUGAAACCGAAAGGCCUAGCAAACGUCAUUGUACCGAACACUCAAUCAACGAAAUAACUUGGGAAGAUAGAACCCAAGAGAUGGUGAGGUAUCACGAAUUGCAGCCACCAUUGCCACCGGUUGGUCACAUAGCGCCAUUACACAAUCCACCACAUCAUUCGAUGCAGAUGGGCCAUACACAUGUACCCUCUGGGCCUUAUGCCCAAUAUCAUCGAUACGGCGUCGAGGCCUGGCCCAAUUAUUUAUAAAUUUAGAUUU